CUCCGUCUCUUAUAAGAGUGGAGUCAGCACAAAGGAGAGAAAGAGUAAAGCUUCAGCCAUGCUGAGACACAUUUUUCUCCUGCUCCUCUCUGAGAUUUGUGAGGUGGCAGCACUUUACAAGAGCUCUGCUGUGGAUCAGGUCAGCGGGGUUCUCACGGCACGAGUCGGAGAGAAUGUGUCUCUGAAAUGCUCAUAUCAGGAUGAUACUGUCAACUAUGUUUUUUGGUACCAGCAACAGUUAGGAGGCAAACCUGCCAUCAUAUCGAGGCAGAUGGUGCUGGAAACACAAGCGACCAUCUCCUCUGCUUUCAGAGGACGGUUUGAAGUUGAAGCAAAAGUCAAAGAAGGUAACAACCUGCUCAUAAUUAGGAACAUUCAACCGUCUGAUUCUGCAACGUAUUUCUGUGGGAUUUUAGAAUACAGUGCUAUUGAAUUUGGACAAGGAGUCUUUCUUCAUGUCACAUCAUCUUCAUCCAGCACCAGAGCUGUAGUCCACCAGCCCAGGCUGGAGCCGCUCCAGCAGGGAGACUCUGUGAAUUUGAGCUGCACAGUAAACGCUGAAGCAUGUGCAGGAGAGCAGAGCUUCUACUGGGUCAGACACGGAGCAGCUCAGCCUGCAGUCAUGUUUCACAGAGCAGGAAGGUGUGUUCAAGAUUCAGAGUCUCUCAGGAGAGAAUGCACUUCAAACCUCGCUCUCAGAGCAGUGAGCUCCUCUGAUGCAGGGACGUACUACUGCGCUCUGGACUCAUGUGGAGAGAUCGUGUUUGGGAAUGGAACCAGAGUGCAGAUUAAAGGAGGCUCUACCAGUGACACUCAUCUCCUGGUGUAUGGCCUGAGUGCAGCAUUGGCAGCUUCCAUCAUCCUGCUGCUCAUCUUGGCUUUCUUCACAUACAAAGUGAAUGAAAAGUCAUGUUCUGUCUGCAAAGGAAGUGUGUCUCAUCCGGCAGGCCCUGCAGCUUCUGAGGGCUCGAGCCGAGAUGUGAAUUUUCUGCACUAUGUUCCUCUGAGCCUGAAAAGAAGCAGUGAUCGACAUCGCCAAGGGCAGAGUGUGGAGACGGACUGUGUUUACUCCAGGGUUAAGAGCAGAAAGGAGUAAAGAAGGCCUUUACCUUGAAAUUUCUGUCUUUUUGGUUACUUUUCCUACAAAAGCAAAUAAAACAGAGCGUCUUCUUUCAAUAUGUUUGUUGUAUUUCUAAAUAAAAUAUGUCUUAAGGAUGUUUCAUCGUCUGGAUAUAAAAAUAGACAUAAAAAUCCCCUUCUAUCUAUAGAUAUCCUCUAACAGAAACGUUAGCUCUGGUUGUUUGUGUCAACUGACAGCCGACUCUCUGCAGUGAGCUCUCACUCAUGCGGUGAAGGUGGUGUGAACUACAUAGUUGAAGUUUCCACUGGUGGAAACAUCACUCCUAGCAGAGCUUCAGCACAGGAAGACUGGCCUGUGGCUUGCAGGCCACAGCAUCUAAAACCUCUGCAAGGUUUUCUCACAGAGUUGUGUGAAACUGAGUCUCUGUGCAUAGAAAUAACACUUGCACACACACACCCACACACACACACAUUGUGUUGCUGCAUCCUCAAAUGUAAGUUAAAAGUCUACUAUGCAAAGCAAAAGCCAUACAUCAACAAUGUCUGCUAGUGUUGCUGACUUCUCUGGGCCUGAGCUCAUCAGAGAUAGACUAACAUAAGAGGAAAAGUGAGAUUUCAGAUUGUUUUUGAAAAUGAUGACCAUCAAGUCAUCUAAAAAAGGCCCAUUCAGAUUGUUAGAGAUGCAAAGUUCAAAAGCCAUCAUCUGUGAUGGUGCAUGGGUGUAUUAGCGCCCAGAGCAUGGGUAACUUGCACAUCUGUGAAGGCACCAUCAACACUGAGGUGUGCAUACAGGUUCUGGUGCAACAUGAGACUUAUUACAAAAUGUACAAAGAAAUGACUCCUUCAAAGUAAUCCCCCAGAGUUAAUGCACUUCUGCAUUCACUUCUGCCCCCAUGAAGCACUCAGCAAAGUCCUGCUCCUUAAGGUCUCUCAGCUCCCUCAUCACAGUGGCCUUGAUCUUUCCUACAGUGGCAAAAUUAGUUCUUUUGAGCACAGUCUCCAGCCUGGGAAGGAGCUGAGAGAAGUAGCUGUUGUGAUGGAGCAGCCAUGACUUGUCUCUCCACAGAGCUCACCUGCUGCCCUGAACCCCGUCCUGACUUGGGGUCAUCCUCCACCUCCUCACGGCCACUCUUGAAGCUUUUGUGCCACUUGAAGAGUCAUGACAUCUUCUCCAUAAGCCUCUUGGAGAAGUCUGAGACACUUGGCUGGACCCUCCAGGAAUUUCAAAUUGAUUCUUUGUUCCAUAUUCAUGCCACCUCCAGUUGAGUGACAAAGCGUGACAGCAGUGUGUUACAUAAAAGCAUGAAAAAGAAGCUCAGAGUGAGAGAGGUGAACAAUAUAGUGGCAGAAAAGUGAUGAGAUGUUGCUUGACAACUCAACUGGCAUUGAGUCAUGGGUGUGGCUGCCAGAGGCUUGUUUUGUAUUGUCACACCUCAACAAUGCCAAGCCACAUUUAGCUCAGGUUACAACGGCAUGGCUUCACAAUGAAAGAGUGUGGGCACUAAACAGGCAGUCCAGACCUGUCUGCCAUUGAAAAUGUAUGAUGCACAAAAUAUGA